AUGGUCGAAGAAGAGGACAAUGAUCAGUAUAUCAAUUCGUUGAAUGCUGAAAUUUUGCAGCUGAAAAACAAAUGCAGGGUUCUAGAGGACGAGCUGCAGGCUCAGAAGAAAGGCGUAAGCGAGGUCCCAGUGGAGUUCGAGGGCCUAUUCCAGAAAAACCCUGAGCUAAAGCACACGCUCUCUCAAAAGAUAUUUAAGGAAACCGACAGCUUUCCCCAGACUCCUUAUUCAUCACCAAAAAAAAGGCCACUUAAGAGCUCAGCCGCGCAGCUCAGUAACCUCUCUCCCGACAUUCCAGAGUCAGAAUGGGUUCUCAAAACUCAGGUGCCGGUCGAGCACAAGUUCUUUGACAGUGCUGUUGCAGAUCUUAUAGAAACAGAUAUUUUGACAUCGCCUUCUAAGCGGAAGCGAGCUGCACAGUCCCGAGCUCACGAAGAGCUCGUUCAGAAGGUCCAAAUCGAGAACAUCUACAGGAUGUUAGGGAUAAGCACAUUUCCCGUUGUGGAUCCGAGUGACCUUGAGGGCACCGAAGAAGAUGAGAUUAAUAUAAAACGGAAAAUGCUAGGCCUAAGGCUGGAAUUAUUCAAUGAACUGGAGCGCUCAUUCGAACCUCCCUACUAUAUUUUGUUCAAGCAAAACCCCAAAAACAGUUACUGGAAUAUUUUCCGUCACACAGUGCCAUCCUAUGUCGGGGUUGAGCAAAUGUUUCAACAGGUGAGGUCAAACGGUUUGCUAGCGAAUCAGUCAGAAAUCUACACAUUUGCAAAGAAAGUUUACAAAUCUCUGUUGAGCAUUUCUGUUAAAACACAAAUAUUUCGCAGGACGGAAAAGAAAGAGGCCAUAUCACAGUUGGAGAUAGACCCCUCGUGUACAUCAGUAUCGUUUCACAUCGAAAAGCUUGGGUGUUUUGUGAAACUAAAGUUGGAUGCAACCGACGUAAUUGCCUGUUCCUGUAUUCCUCAUGAGAAUGUUAGUUGGAAUGCCCAAAUGUUGGGGCCAGUGGUUUCCCUACCCGAUAGAAUUGAGUCUCUAGUAAAGUAA